UGUUUGUUGACCAAAGUGAUUUGAUUUUUACUGAUAACUUUGUUUUGUUUUGAUAAAAAUUUCAAAAUUUUGGAGUUUUUCUAAUUGUGUCGAGUAAUAAUGAAUAAUUUAAUGGUAGAUUCUAAUAACUUUAGAACUUUUUACUAUACUAAUGCUAAUCGAAUGAAAUAUAAAUGUAGGUUCGCUGCGCUAUAACAAUAUAACGAGUUCAACUAGAGUAAACAAAAACAUACAGUGUUAGAAUGAAGGACUGUCCUGGAUUAUAUUGUGGUCGAUUCAAGCUUCCUGAUGGUAACUUGAGCAUAUGUGGUGCGUGUCCUAGAGGAUCACGUACGAUAAUAGAUCACGAUAUGUGUUUGCCUUGCCAAGAUGAACCAACCUUCUACGACUGGUUGUUUUUGAUUUUCAUGGCAAUGAUGCCUUUAUUCUAUCAUUGGUAUUACAUCGAAUUUCAUACUUUCAGUUACAAAAUAAACAGCACUACGUUAUCGAAAAAGCUAAUUACCUCAGCUAUUUUGGAAGUUACUCUUUCUGCAGUAUUUACUGUGCUACUCAUGGAACCGAUGUGGAGUUUUAAAUUAUACGCCUGUCGUAUAAAUUCCAUAUCCGAUUGGUACACGUUUAUGUACAAUCCAUCUCCGCGAUAUGAAGAUUACAUAUACUGUACUCAGGAAAUUGUUUACCCGUUUUACACCAUGAUUUUUGUUUUUUAUGGUUUUGGAGUAAUUAGUUUAUUGGCUAUUCGGCCAUGGUUCAUAGACAGUAAGAAUACAGAUUAUGUCGGAGGAUUGGGUACGGUGUAUGCAGGAUUGUAUUUGUAUCCCACGUUAGCCCUCUUACAUGCAGUAGCGUGUGGAUUUAUUUAUUACAUGUUUCCUUAUUUAGUGAUAAUCGUAUCUGUGAUCUCAAAUGCUGUACAUUUCGCUAUGAAAAUAAAUCAAUCUAUGGGUUACCUUAUCAGAAAUACUGUUACAAGUAGUCGAAAUAUGAUCAUUGUUCUUAUCCAUUGGCUUUGUCAUGCUUUUGGUAUUAUUGGUAUAACAGAAUUGAGAGAUCCGACGAAGCAUUACUUUCUAUUGUGUUUGGUUCCAGUUCCAACAUUAUUUUAUAUUUUAACUUCAAGAUUAACCGAUCCUCGGAAAGUUCAUUCGGAUUGACUUACGUGAUGCAACGAAAGGUGUAUUAAGCAAAAGCAAAUUAUUAAUCUGUGAUUGGUCCUCAUCUUGGUAUCAGUAUUGAAUACCUAUUGAUAUUAACUAUCUAAUUAGAAAAUUAUUUAUUGAAAUAACAGUGUGGCUGUUGAAGAAAGUAUUGGAAACUAAACACAUUUGUUACCUUACUAUUUACGAGGAAUAUAAUAUUGAAAUUAUGAGAAAUUUUCAAUCUAAUUGGAGAAUCGAAAUUGGAAAAGGAACUUGAUUAUUUAUUCUGAAUGACGUUGGCUGUUUUCGAAAAAUUGCAGAGAUCAGUUGGUAUUAUAGUGUUUGGUGUCAUGAUGGUUUCAUGUUUACUUUUGUGAAAUUGUGAUUGUUUUUUGUUUUUCAGUGUACAUGUAUUCCUACCUACUAUCAUUUCGUACCUAAAAUAAAGCCUAUUUAUGGGUA